AUGAUCCACGACAUCAACCGCGCCUGGGAGCGCCUCGAGAAGGCCGAACAUGAGCGUGAACUGGCGCUGCGCGAGGAGUUCAUCCGCCAGGAGAAGCUGGACCAGCUGGAGGCAAGAGUCGUCACAAUGUGCGAUAGUCAUAAAGCUGUUAGGUUUUAUAUUGAAAUGCUCUACAUCUUAGAUUCCAUGGAAGAGAUCAAGAUGCGGCUGGUGACGGACGACUACGGCAAGCACCUGAUGGACAUAGAAGAUUUACUGCAAAAGCAUCCUCUAGUAGAGGCUGAUAUAAAUGUACUGGGUGAACGUGUCAAGGUUGUUGUCGGUCAACCGCAAAGAUUUUUGGAACAAGACGAGGGCGGCUAUCGUCCUUGCAAUCCUAUGAAGCGUCUAGAAGACAGCCGCAAACUGUGGCACUUCUAUUGGGAUAUGGCCGAUGAAGAGAACUGGAUCAAAGAGAAGGGGCAGAUUGUAUCAGUUGACGACAUUGGUCACGAUCUAAUCACAGUCUACCUGCUGAUCCCGAAGCACAAGGCGCUGGAGGCUGACGUGCAGGCGCACGAGCCGCAGCUCAUGAGCGUGGCCGCCGUGGGAGUUGAGCUCAUCUCUCAGGGACACUUCGGCGCCGACAGGAUACAGAAAAUAAUUUUUGUGCUGGUGCUUAUAGUGCAUUAUUGUCAUGGCGUUAUUUACAGAUUAAAUGACACAAUGUACUACAAAAUGCCGCCAGUAUUUCACUUUGAAGACUACGCGCCAUGUAUGAGUGAGCCGGACGGCGUGUACUGCAUGACGAAAUUCGCACUUGUUUCAGAUACUAACAGUGAGCUUUUAAAUAUGAUUCACAACUUCUCUGAACACCAUGUUAGACACUACAACCAUUCAAAACUUUUUUACGGAGUGUGCCUUACAAAAACAUGUGCGGAACAUUACUAUAAUGGAGAUAAAAAACGGGACUUAUGGGUAGCCCUUGAGGGAUGCCUAAACAAUACAUUUUGGAAAAAAUAUAAGUUAAAAACAAAACUAUUGGAAGUCGUGGACUACAAUAAUUUAGAUAGUAAAUUAAAUAUAGGAUAUGGAGACUAUGCAAUAGCUAUUAUUUGUUUCGCUCUGUUGAUGAUGAAUCUUAUUGGGAGUGUUUAUGAUAUCUUCUAUAUACAACAGCGAGAAAGAAAAGGCAACAAGGUUCUUCUAGCUUUCUCUAUCAAGCGAAAUUGGGAAAAAUUGAUCGCCCGCGAUUCUGAUAACCCUAGUUAUGAGCGCUUAAAAGUAUUACAUGGUGUCAGGACUAUAAUAACGGCUUUGGUCAUAACUGCACACUCUAUGAUGCCAUUUACCAACAUUCCCAAAAACACACGUGAUCUUGAAGCGAUCUACGACAUUCUGCCGUACCACACCUUCAUAAACGGCACACCAAUUGUUCAGGUUUUCUUCCUAAUGGCUGGUUUCUUGCUGGCCUUCAAUGUACAGAUGAAAUCUGAGAAGAUGAAAUUUACCUGGGUCAUGAUACCAAUUGAAAUUUGCAGGAGAUGGUUGAGACUAACCCCUGUAUACGCGGUUGUGUUGGCUAUCACAUCUACUUGGUUGCGUUUCGUCGGAUCCGGUCCGUUGUGGAAUGAGGCGGUAGUUACAGAAGCUGAAGACUGCCGUCGCUUCGCUUGGCAGAACUUAUUUUACAUUAGCAACUAUUUCGAUGACUCAAUAUGCAUGGCACAGGCUUGGUACUUAUCGUCUGACAUGCAACUAUACUGCCUUGGUAUUUGCAUCUGCUUCAUGGUUACUAACAGCACUGUUAGAAAAGUAGUGCUAUCGCUACUGUUCGCAGCUGGUGUAAUAAUUCCUGCUGUUGUAACCUAUGUAAAGGAUCUAGACGCUGUUCUUAUAGUUUCGCCUGAAACAUGUGUCAACUACUUUAUCAAGAACCCAACAUUCAACUAUGUCUAUAAACGUGGACACACCAACUUGGCAGGUUUCAUUAUUGGCUUAAGCAUGGGAUAUAUUACUUAUCACUUAUUACGUAUGGAAGUUAAUUUGGAGAAGUAUAAGAAACGUCUGUGGAUAUACCAACUAUUAUUACCCACCGGAAUUCUAAUAACAUGGUUGGGAAGUGUUUUUUACCGCGACGCUCCUCGUGACUCCAUCUAUAUCAGAGCUUUAUACGCUGGCAUCGUGAAGCCUGUUUUCACCUUGUUGUUUGCGUUGUUAAUACUGGGAGCUAUUUUCAAAUGUGACAAAACAUAUCGAAGUAUAUUAGAAUGGCGCAGAUGGGUCACACCAGCCCGGCUGUCGUACAGCGCGUAUGUUCUACACGUAUUAGUCAUCCGUACAUACGUCGGCACUUUCGAAACACAGACGAAAACGCUGUUCAUUCACAUUAUUUAUACAAGCAUAUCUCUGGUGAUGGUGAGCUUCCUUCUUGCAACACCGUUGUGGUUACUAGUGGAAGCACCAGCGAAUGAACUAGUCAAAAUGACCUUUUCAUUACUAAUUGGUGCUCACGAGACGAAGAAGACUGAUUCAGAUACAAGGCGGAAAAGCAAAGUCGCUAAUUAA